UGUAAACAAAACCGCUCCGCCUGUCCCCGCUGACUCAGAACCACAAUAACCAACAACACACCUUAAACUGCUAGUUCACACACUCCUCCAUAGAGUUGACUGGAAGCUUUCAUUUGAUGCUGUUUCCUCACAGGUGGAUGUCCUAUUUUACGACAAAUGAUGGACAAGUCUUCUGAAAACCCAGACGAGGAGGACGGGGCGUCCCUCAAGAGCAACGGCGGAACGAAGGAGAAGGGCAUGCUUCAGUCGUUCAGGAGGAGCAUCCGGCGGGCGGCCGAGAAGAGCCCGCUGUCGUCCGGGGGCAAGUGGGCGAAGGUCACCCCCGCCAACGAGCCGGGGUCACAGCCGCCUCCGUCUCCCAGUCUGAGUGCUGGCUCUCCGGUCACGUCUCCGCUGAAGAACAUCGGGGGCCUUUUCUACAAAAAAGAAGACGACGACAGCGACGGCGCUGCACAGAAAGGCAAAGGUCUGACCCACUCAAAGACAGAUCCAAACAUGGCCGGGUUUGGGGACUCUAUCAUGAAAAAAGGAGCAUCAUUUCGCAGAAGCCUGAAAUUCAAGAAAUCCAACAAACCGGAGGCGGUCGUCCUAGUCUCUGAAGGCUCGCUGGAGGAGAGGAAGGAGGAGAAAGAAGAAGAAGAGGAGGAGGUGUUGGAGGAGUUAGACGAGUUGUACACGCUGCCAGAAAUACCCCACACGCCUCUGUCAGUGAUGCAGAUCAAUAAGCUGAUAGAGACGGAGGUGCUGGAGGAGGCUCACCUGAACCUGCUCGCCCUGCGCCAGGAGUUCCAGCAGGAACGGGAACAGUGCGGCGAGGACUCCCCUUUGGAGCUGGCCAAGAAGGAAAAAGACCUCAACCUCCUUUACGGAAACCUGAGGAACAAAAUAAACAACAUUGUGCGCGACUCCAACUCCCUUCCCUCCAGGAACAAGGAGCUGCUGGUACCCGUGGCGCGCAUCAUCCAAGAGGAGGACAGGCGAGCGGCGGAACCCGGCGGGCUGCAGGGCGGCUGGCUGGAGGCCUGGAGGGAGGCGGUGGGGGAGGGGGUGCAGUUGAAGGUGCAAGGCGUUUACCUGGAGCCCAGGCAGCAGAACGCCUCAUGGCUGGCAGUCCAUUUGGCCCUGCUCGGUAAGAGCAUCGUGGAGGAUUUGGAGAAGGUGAAGCGGGAGCUGCGAUGGUCCUACCCACCCAGCUUUCAAGUCUUCAGCACCUACGUGAGGGGUUAUCACCGAGUGGUCGGGCAGCACCUGAAGAAGCUGGAGCCGCAGGUGACGGAGCUCAAGGACCUGUACGCUCUGCUGGACUGGAUCAUCAACCACUACAAGAGCGAGAGGAUCAUGGGAAGUCCCUCCCUGCAGCCUGACAUGAAGGAUGAGAGCACAGAUCUGCAGCUGCAGGACGGCCUGCUGAAGCAGCUGAAAGACAAGUACUGCUGCAAAGUGAAGGAGGACAUGAAGUCUUCCCUGGACAGAGUCAUUGAACUUGAAAAUGAGGACUUUUGGAGGGACAGAAGGUCCCCCGAGAAGGACGAGGACUUCCUCAACUCUCCGUUUCACAUGGACAUCUGGACGAAAGUGGAGGGCAAUGCUAAGAACUCUCGACGGAUUGAUGCUCAGCUGAAACAGGAAGUGAUCUCCUCCUGCCUCCAAGUGUUGAAAGAGUUCCCCAAGAGGUACGAUGGUAAAGACGGAGGUACAAGUGUGAACCCAAAGAUGGUAAAGUCAGCACAACAGCUUAAUGCACCGGGAAAUAUACUUGUAAGUAGGGCCCACAACAUAUUGACCCACAAUCUGGCCUUCCACACAUGCCGUUUGUCCUCUUGCAGGCAGCACAUGGACGGGUACCAGGACACCUGUCCCAAAGAGGUGGAAGGCUUCAGGAAAGAGGCCAAGUGGCUGAUUAUCAGGCUCAUGCAGGUGCUGGAGGACCAGUACAAAGACGACGUCAAGCCGUACCUGAGGAGAAUGAUGACGAGGAAGUGGCUCACCGAUGACGAAGACUUUAAGCAGCUCUACAGUCGGACGGAGCUGCUUUCUGAACACUGCGCUCUGAUGAGGCAACCGCACGUCCAGGAGUUGGCGAGCCGACUGCACUACCACGUGGUGAGGGAGUACGUCGGCCAGCUGAUGAAGAACAACUACUCGUGCAAGAACCGGAAACACGAGAAGGCGGCGAGCAAGAUCCGUGCGCAGUGGGGACGACUCCGAAAUCUAUUUGAGGACAUGAAGUCGACUCACGAGUGGCUCUAUGCUGUAGGAGAUGACCUGAGCAACAUCAUCAUACAGAAAAACAAGACAGACAUAAAGAAUCAUCUGCAGCCUUUAGUGGAGCAUUACCCCGACUUCAGCAGGAAGCACCUGGUUGCUGUCCUGUACUUCAGAGGUCUAGUGAGGGGACGCGAACACCAGCUCAUUCUCCAGCGGCUCACCGAGCUCAAAAACAAACUGGGCAGCGUCGGAGUGGACAAGAGCCGAGUUUUAUUCGGUGACAUGCAGGUCACCGUCAACACAGACUGCUUCUCCAAUAUGCCUUUCUCCUGCCUCAACUUCCUGAUGCCCAACAACUAAUGCAGCGUGGAGGACGAGUGGCUGAGAGGAGGGAAGCUCAAAGCUCCAGAGACGAAAAAGUUACCGUUUUUUAAGCUGCUUGACACAAAUGAAGGUCCUUGCUCUAAAACACAGCCAUCUAAACUCAAUUAAACUGCAUAUGCAUAUAUUUUCUUGGGCAAAUACUUCCCAAUUUACCCAUCACUACAUCGUUGACAGUAGAUUCAUAUAUAAUUCAACCUUGUACGCAAUUCACAGACUUGUAUAUGAUUAAAAAGGAUGAUGUCUUUCAAAUGUAGAACUUGUUCUGAGCACACAUUGCUGGUCAUCUGUGUGAUAUCAUCUCUCUCUCUCUCUCUUUCACCCGCCUUCUGAAAGCUGCUCACAUUGUUCGCCUUCUUCUAAAAUGUUAGAAACACUU